GUGGAAAUAUUACUCUCAAUUGUCUCAUCCCGGUGAGGGAGUGAACGAUAUUUUUGAUGUAACGGUAUCUAACGCUUAUAACAAUAGAGUUUCUUCUCUCGCGGAGGCAAUCAAAACCCGUCGUCCAGAUCGAUUUCAAGAUAUAGAUUCGACCAGUUUGGAUUUAUAUAAGGCUGGGGUCGGGACGUUAUCUGGUAGCAUUGCAAUCCACAAGUCACAAAACAGUAGUACAGUUAAAAUAGAAGGCGGAACAAAAAUGGAACUGCAAGACAGAAUUUAUAGUUAUUUUUCCAAACAACCCCAACUUAAAUAUCCCGGUGAACGCUACCAUGAACAGGGAAUUAAUGUUGUCGUGCAUCCUGAACCAUUGCCGGAGGCGCUAAUCAAAGAUAAAUA